UGUUCGUACAUUACAUCGCCGACUUUGCUGACGAUACGAAUAUUCAGAGAGAAAAAGACGAAAAUGGCCCCCAAAUCGUCAUCGAUCGGAAAGUCCAUCAAAAAGGAGUCGGCGGCGGCGGCAGCGACGAAGAAGAAGCAGGACAAGAAGGCCAAGAAGAAGACGCGCAAACAGAGCUUCGCCACCUACCUCUACAAAGUCCUCAAGCAGGUCCAUGCCGACCUGGGCGUCUCCUCCAGGGCCAUGGGCAUCAUGAACAAUUUGGUCUUCGACAUCUUCGAGCGCAUCGCCACGGAGGCCUCGCGUCUCGCUGCCUAUUCCAAAAAGUCGACCAUCACCUCCAUGGAGAUCCAGACGGCCGUCAGACUUCUCAUGCCCGGAGAGCUGGCCAAACACGCCAUGAGCGAAGGUACCAAAGCCGUCACUAAGUACCAAAUGUCCAAAAAGUAAUUUGACUUUCUAUGCUGAAUUUCUAAACAAACGGCCCUUUUCAGGGCCACUAUAUAGAUUGUUUAACGUUGGAACCAAUUAUUUGUUGACAAGUCAUCAUAUGAGUCGAUGUGCUCGGUAAAAGCAGUACUGAUGACUCUUUGUAAUAUUCUUCAAUCACACACAUCUCCUUCAUCAUCUAUCACCUCAUACAUUGCGCACGUGUGGGUAAUGAAUAAAUAGUUUAUAAAUAAAUAGAUUAUUGAAAUUUUGGAAAAGGUACAUCGUACAAUUUUCACCAAGGAAAUGUAAGUAAAUAAAUAAUCAGUCUUCCUCAGAAAUAAUACAUCGCGAGAUUAUCCAUUAUACUCUAAGCUAAAGAUAAACAUUGAGUCUUCGUAAAGUUAUAACUCGAUUAUUAUAUUUUUGACAUACGAGGCCUCAGUCAAUUCUUGUCAGAAUUGUUCAUUCAGAGUUUAAUAAAAGGGUGAGUUUUUUUGAAAUUGUUUGUCCUUCGAUUUCCACCUCAUGUCUACGUCCAUAUCACUUUGAAAACUACGGUUCUCGUCAAAGCUUAGUUUUUGUAACGUUAUUUUUUCUAAGAGGCUUAUUAUUAUUAUUAAUGUACACAUUACCAUAAAUCGUCAAAUGUCUGUAAUACCUAGUCUUAUGUAAUAUCACAGCGAGUGCUAACGUUAAGCCAUUCUGUGUCAAAAAAAAA